AAAAAUCCAACUUUCCAAACGACGACGACGAACAUCGGUCGGGAAGCCAUCAGCAGUCGCAGUCAGUAAGCAAAAAUAUAACGUCGAAGCGGAGAGCAUAAAGAAACCACAAAAUCGUUCAUUCGAUUCGACCAGAGUGCAAAGUGCCUAGACACGUCCGUCGUUGCCCAGUUUUUCGUGUUCCGUGCGUCGUGGAAAUUUUCGCAGGAGCAGCGCAGUGCAAGUGAAGAAAGCAAUCUCAUCGAAAGCGAAGAAGUGCCCUUUUGGAAAUCUGAGCGCAAGUGAAAUCAUAAAAAUGGUGGACAGUGGUUGACAGAUUCUUCGUCGUCAUCGCUUGUGUGGCGUAACUGGAAUAGCAGCAUAAUCGUCACACGAAGAAGCUCACAAAGCAGAAGAACGAUUACGAAGUGUUCUGAAGAGGAUCCAGCUGAGCAAAGAGGAUCCAGCUGAGCAAAGAGGAUAGCCGAUAGAAGAGGCACUGCUGAGGAAGCACACGCACUUUCGGAGGCGGACGUGACAGACGAGAGGAGGGGUGGAGGAGAGAUUGUAGACGGUUUCCUAGGCCUAGCAGAAAUCUCCGUCCACCACCGCCACGGAAAAUGUCACGGCUCGCCGAUUAUUUUGUGAUUGUCGGUUACGAUCACGAGAAAGAACGCACUGGAUCCCGCACUGGAAAAAUUCUACAACGUUUCCCAGAGAAAGAUUGGGCCGACACUCCUUUCAUCGAAGGCAUCGAAUGGUUCUGUCAACCCCAAGGCUGGUCCCUGUCGACCGUCCGCCAGGAACCACAGUUUUUCGUAUCGGUCCUAACGGACAUCGAUGCCAAUAGGCACUAUUGCGCUUGCCUGUGCUUCAACGAAACCAUUGCCAUCACUCCCAGUAAACCCAUCGAUGAGGAAGAGGAAGAUGACAACCUCUCGCCCAGUAGUAGAGCCUUGCUGGCCGCAUCCAGUGGACCACCCUCCAUAACCCAUCACAGUAUAAUGUAUGCUCCAAAGUGUUUGGUGAUAGUCUCCCGACUGGACUACAUUGAAACGUUUCGGAACUGCCUCGGCACGAUCUACACGGUGUACCUGGAAAGCCUGAAGUUCCACCUGCAUCAUCUGAUAGGUAGUAUAUUGGGAUGCAUUCAGGUUCCUCCUCCCGGUGGACCCCAGGUCCGCUUCUCCAUCGGUGCCGGGGACAAACAAGUUCUACAACCGCCCAUUUCACCAACCAUCCCCGUAACGGGGUCCUGCGUAAGUCUUCUGUUCCACCAGCUUGGCAUCAAAAAUGUGAUGCUUCUGUUCUGCGCCGUAAUGACCGAGCACAAAAUUCUCUUCCACUCGACGAGCUAUUCUCGGUUGACCGAUAGCUGCCGAGCUCUGACCGCCCUGAUGUAUCCAUUCCGCUACAGUCACGUGUACAUUCCGAUCCUGCCAGCAUCGCUGGUGGAAGUAUUAUCCACACCGACGCCCUUCAUCAUGGGUAUUCAUAGCUCGAUGCAAACGGAAGUCACCGAAGUGCUCGAUGUGAUCAUAGCCGAUCUGGACGGUGGGUCUAUCCACAUUCCCCAAUCGCUGGUACCUCCACCGGCUGAACUACCCAAAGCACUGCGGGAAGCUACGGAGAUCGCUCUGCAACAGGUAUUACACCCGGAGUUGACGCGGGCCGAUUUGGCCUUUCCACCGAACAACAUCAACAACAAUGGGUACAACUUUCGUGAGCAGAAAAGCGACGAAAUGCUGGACAAGGAAAUCCGGGCGGUGUUCAUGAGGUUGUUUGCCCAACUGCUUCAGGGCUACCGAUCGUGUUUGACGUUGAUUCGAAUCAAUCCCAAGCCAAUCAUUCAGUUUCACCGGGCGGGUUUCCUGGGGGCGAGAGAUUUGGUGGAUUGCGAUUUUUUGUCACGGGUAUUGGACAGCAUGUUCUUUACGGGUUUCGUGACGGAACGGGGGCCUCCCUGGAGACCUUGCGAUGCGUGGGACGAGCUGUACAGUGCGAUGAAUGAUUUGCUCAAACAGGAAAUGCAAGAUCCCCAUCUGGUGCUGAUUCACAUCCAGGAAUUGGCCAAGCAGCUGUAUACCAAUGAGAAUCCCAGUCCACAGCCGUACCAACAGAAGGUUCUGAGGCCACCCGAAGGGGCAUUUGCUCGAAUACACCAACCGCCGAUGCCGUUGAUCGACUCUCAAGAAGUUCAAAACGUGAUCAACGAAGGAUUGGCCGCGAAUGAUCUACAAGCGCGUUUGCAGACUAUUCGACCGCCCCAGAGGAUAGUACCUAUGGGACCCUAUCUGAAACCGGUUCUCGAACUACGACCAGUGGUCAACAAUAGCGCCCGGAAGCUGGAAGUGUUGAAGAAUUGCAUCAGCUGUAUCUUCGACAACAAGAUCACUGAAGCGAGAAAGAGUUUUCCGGCCGUUUUGCGGAUAUUGAAACAACGAGACGCUAGGCUGACGCUAUGCAGGGAACUGGCAAAGAUAGCACACGGAAACAAACAGCUAGAUCAUCAACAGUUCGAUUUGGUAGUGAAACUGAUGAAUCGAGCUCUGCAGGAUGAUUCCUCCAAAGACGAGUACGGAGUUGCAGCCGCGUUACUUCCGCUGUCAACGACCUUCUGUCGCAAACUCUGCACCGGUGUGAUACAAUUCGCGUACACCUGCAUCCAGGACCAUCCCGUAUGGAAGAACCAGCAGUUCUGGGAAGAUGCUUUCUACCACGACGUUCAAAAUUUCAUCAAAGAACUGUACCUUCCGCGGCAGACUUCGGAAAAGUCCUACAGCAGUUGGGCUACGGAUACGAAUGGUCUUGUUCAUUCGACAUCUCGAGACAAACUAGAUCGAUCAACGUUGCUUUCGCGAGCGCAGGAACCUUCGGCACUAGAGAUCGCAGCCGAUCAGAUGCGAAUCUGGCCCACCGUUGAUCUGGACAAGCAAACGGAGCUGACUAGCUCUGAAGAAAAGACCCUCUACAGUCAGGCGAUCCACUAUGCCAACCGAAUGGUAUUCCUACUCAUACCACAGGACGUCAACCAAGGAGGGAGGGUCCAGAAGCUAGAUUCCCACGCAGAUGACGACGCUAGUGUUUCCAACAGUGUGAUAGAGUCCCACAGUCACAGCGACCAUAGUGACGAAGGCUUUGAAGACAACGAUCCCAGCGAAGUAGGAUCGCAAGUCGCGAAAAUGGUGUGCAAAUUUAUCGAUCGAGUCUGCAACGAAGGGAACGUGACCCCAGAGCACCUCCGGAACCUUCACCAAAUGGUUCCCGGAGUGAUACAGAUGCACAUUGAAACCCUGGAAUCCGUGAACCGGGAAGCCAAGCGGAUACCUCCGAUCCAGAAACCCAAGCUUCAGUUCCCCAAUUUCCUCCAAGGUGAAGAACUCAUCGGGGAUCCCAUGCGAGUGUACCUGCUCGCGGACGGUCGCGAAGAGAAGGAAGUCGGAACGUCGAAUCUCCUGCCGGCGGAGGGAGCUCUCUACCUUACCAACUACCGAAUAGUGUUCAAGGGAAGUCCCUGCGAUCCGUACUGCUGCGAGCAGAGUGUAGUGCGGGCUUUCCCGAUUUCCUCCCUUACCAAAGAAAAGCGCCUCACAGUGAUCUAUCUGCAACAUCUGGAGCAGGUUCUGCAGGAAGGCAUGCAACUCCGAUCGUGCACGUUCCAGCUGAUCAAGGUGGCAUUUGACGAAGAAGUGAUUGCCGAUGCCAUCGAAGCCUUCCGGAAGACGAUACACCGGGUGCGACAUCCGGAGGACGAGUUUGGACAUUUCGCAUUCGCCACGACGCACGGUAUUACCAACCCUACUCCGUUGCACAAAGUCAAGGAGAAGAAUGCUACGCUGAAGGAUUUCGCCAAGAAGACUCUGCUGAGGACGGCUAAGAAGGCUGGUUUCAAGCAGAAAAGUACGACGAAGCGGAAGUAUAUUCUUCCGGGUGCUGACUUUGAGGAGACCUAUGGAAACAGUUCGAUGGGAAUCAAUGAAAACCCGGAGGAUGAAGACGGUUCGGACGACGGAGCAGACACAAUGCCACGGGUAACGGUGAAGGACGUGGAAAGACUGAAGGAACGAAGCUACGUCAAAGAUUGGCUCCGGGUGGGUUUGGGAGAUGUUCAAGCAGGUUACCGGAUAAGUUCGAUUAAUUGUAACUACAGUCUGUGUCGGACGUAUCCCGCAAUGUUGGUCUGUCCGAAAGACGUCUCCGAUGACAGCUUGAGAAAUCUUUCCCGUUGUUACAAGCACCAUCGGAUACCAGUCGCUACGUGGCGUCACAAGAAUGGAGCUACUCUACUGAGAGGUGCAGUACCGCUUGCCAAAGGUGUCAUGGGAAUGCUCAAAGGCCAUCCAGGUUCAUCGAACAACUCGGCAGACUCGGCCAGUUUCCAUGAACAAGACCGUUACUUCGUUUGUGUCAUCAAAACCACACCACACACUCGUCCGAUUCGGCAUACGGGUAACUUCUCCGAUUCUAACCUCUCCUUGGACUCCCUAGCCCUGGCAGCCAAUGGUUUGAUGACACGGACGGACAACUCAACCCUUACGCCUGACAUUGGACGCAAGAACAACGUAGGGUUGUACUCGAUCAACAACUCAUCGUUCUCCAGCUUUGGAGCCCUGCGACCUACCCCGAAGCAGAACAAAUGGGGUUCGUUGAAGCCCGGUGGUCACACAAGUGCUGCCACCUUGCGGGACUACAGCAGCUGGGAUCAUCAACCCCAGCAAUACACCAUCCAACGUGUGCCAUUAUACUUCCUCGGCGAGAAAUCUCAGUCCAAAUCAGCCAAGCUGUCGGAAAUGUACGCCGAGUUUAUCCCCGUGGACUACACCGAUGUGCGACACUCGCGAACCGCUUUCAAAAAGCUAAUGCGAGCCUGUCUUCCUUCCUGCCUAAACACCGAACCCGAUCAAACCUUCUCCAAGCUUGUGGAACAGUCGGAGUGGCUUCAGCAAAUCCGAGGACUCCUGCAACUGUCCGGGGCUGUCGUUGAUCUCAUGGACCUUCAAGAAUCCAGUGUAACUCUAGCUUUGGAGGACGGUUGGGACGUGACUGCCCAGAUUUCCUCACUUGCUCAAUUGUGUCUCGAUCCGUAUUACCGAACCAUCGACGGAUUCCGGGUCUUGAUCGAGAAAGAAUGGCUGGCUUUUGGUCAUCGAUUUGGACAUCGAAGCAAUCUCAAGCCUAACAGCAGUUCCGGUUCUCCAUUCGCGCCUACCUUCCUGCAGUUCCUAGACGCCGUUCACCAAAUCCAGUCCCAGUUUCCCCUCGCAUUUGAGUUCAACGAAUACUAUCUACGCUUCCUGGCGUAUCACCACGUCAGCUGCCGGUUCCGAACGUUCCUAUUCGACUGCGAACUGGAACGUGUCGACUACGGCAUAACUGCCAUCGAUGACAAACGCGGAUCGCUCAACUCGCACCACAAGCAUGUCGUCGAAGCCCUCACCGUAUCGGAUGAUGACAACAUCUAUCCGGGAGGUCUAGGUGGUGGUGUAGGUCGUGGGAAUCACGCAUCCAAUACUCAAAAGUUUGGACCUUCACUUUUCGAUUACAUCGAGAGACAGCACGCGAAGAAUCCAAGCUUCUACAACUUCAUGUACACUCCCGAUCCGGAUCGUCAAGUGCUUCGACCGCAAAGUUCCAUCUCAGUGCUGGAGGUCUGGUCGUACUAUCUGGAUGAAGAGCUUGCCCAAGGACCACCGUACGAUCCAGAACUUCUGAACAACGACAACCUGGACGAGGACAGCGACUACGGCAGUGCGGGCAGCAUGGCCAACAAACAUCCUCGGCGGAAGGUCGUCUCCGUAGGGUACGACAGCCUGAACAAGUACGACGCCGAUGCGUUUUCGCGGUUGAUUGAGGAGCUGAAGAAUGCCGAAGCGGAGAGAGGUCUGCUGCCGCAAAAGUGGCGCCAAGUUUGGGACAAACUUGAACUGCCGCAUUCGGACUCGUUGACGAGGCACGCUUCGUUCAGCAGUGCGCUGGUCAGAUCGCACGGUCGAUUACUGCACAAGAGAUCUACUCUGGAGAUCAUCAUGCGCGGCCGUCAGGUCGGAUACCACCAGGAGAACUUCCUGCAUCCGCAUCGCUUUGAGAAGCACGCCUAUUCUGCUCCCAUCAACUGCAACCACUGUGGUAAUGUUCUUUGGGGUCCGCUGCUCAACGGUUUAAGAUGUGUUGACUGCGGCAACACCUAUCACGAAAAGUGCGCGGAAUCGGUACCGAAGAACUGCACCAAGUACAAGGCGGUCGAAGGCACCCAGCCAACGUUGGCGAGGAAUCAGGGCGACAACAACAGCGUAUCGUCCAGUGUGAACACGGCUAACACGACGAGCCAGCACUACUACGAGCAGUACAGUAGUAACGUGGCGGAUGAUCGGACGCAUGAAGGAUAUCUGUACAAACGAGGUGCAAUAUUGAAAAACUGGAAGCAGCGGUGGUUCGUGCUGGACUCCCAUAAACAUCAGCUGAGGUACUACGAUGCGAUGGAGGACUGUAAUUGCAAGGGAUACAUUGAACUUGCGGAAGUGCAAUCAGUGGCGCAGGCACCACCACAAGCUGCUCCGGUGCCGUCUAAGAAGAUUGACGAGAAAGCAUUCUUUGAUCUAAAAACAAGCCGACGAACGUACAACUUCUACGCAGCGGAUGCAACAAGCGCCCAGGAGUGGAUCGAAAAGAUUCAGGCCUGUCUGCAGUAAAGACACAAAUGUCAGAGGAUGGUAUACACCACCCCCAAGCCGCCGUAUUCAUCAUCAUAUUCUCGUGUAUGGUAGAAACAAACCAGAAACAAAAAAAUCAUAAAUCAGUAGAGUAAAGUAGGCAUUCUAGCAAAUCACUACAAAAUCAUGAAACCUAAAGAUUUUCCAAACGGAUUUCGAUAUCGACGCAGUAUGGCGCGAAAAGAAAAGGUAGUAAUCAAACAUACUCAUAUAACAUUAGAAAGUGAACCAGCAGAAUAAUCAACCAUAAACGACAUUUACACAAAUAAUAGUAGGAGAAAGGCAGACAAUUUCAUAUCAGCAUGAUUGUUCGAAUUAUAAAUUCGGCUCGAAGCAAUUGAUUGUUUUGUUGAAUUGAAUCAAUCGAAUAGAAAGUGGGAGAAGAUGGCGACAUACAACCGUCUAAGCAAAAGGAUAUUCUGAAUAAUAGUAUUUAUCGGUGUAUAUGUGCCACUUGUUGCGCGCAAUUUGUUUCUUAAGUCGUUGUUAGGCGAAACUCGUUAUAUUUAAGUGACCAAUUAGGCUUCAUGUCGGGUGAAAUGACCACCUUCUAAAGAAUUUGCCAGGGUUGCCAGACUUUUUGGUUUGUGUUACGCCUUCGCUAUUAAUCUAAAUUAAAGGGUAGUGUACAGUAAUAUACAGGUAGGAAAUAGAUAACCGUUGCUCGAGAUCGACUACAGACGAGUGUCAUAUUACAAUACGUGUAUCAUAACUAUGAAACAUUCUCAAAAACGAAAUGGAAAACGUGCAAACCGCGCGUAGAAUGAUAUACCAAAAGAUGUUUUUUCUCCAUAUGGUUUUAUUUCAGCUUUUAACGCAUUUAUGUUUCUUCGGAAGUUCUUUUAGAAAGAAUUUGUCGCAUCAGUUUGAGUAAAUUCCUCGGUAGUUCUCAUUUUGGCUCACUUUCUUUGCCACGUGGGUUAAUUUAAGCUAGUUUCUGUAUAAAGUAAAUGUGUAAAAAUAUCUUUGUUACUAUAGUUUCUCUGUAAUAAGUGUUAAAAUUAUUGUUAGAUUUUUAAAGUUCUUUAUGGAAUACUUGGUGUUAGGAGAAACAGCUCAAAUAUUACGCAUUAGGACUAGCUAACUGAAAGAAUAUUGCAAUCUUAACUCGAAAUGAUUUAUAACUGAUAAGCUUCACCAGUUUGAUUUCCUACGUUAUAGUUUCUUCCACAGCAAAACCUGUCACAUGUGAUAUUCGACUCUGUUAUUCAUAUGUACACACGUGUGCGUACAAUGUAUACUCUUCUCUCUUAACAUAUUACUAGAAUCACGCUCGAAUUAAUCGGAUAGAACACGAAAGAGUACGCAACGCGAAAUCCAUUUAGUAGCUUCCCUUUUUGCUGUCUUCAUUACAAUGUAGAAGGAGCGAUUCCGAUCUCAGGCGUGCUGUUAGCGAAUACCGAGAGCGCACAGGUCUUCCUCGAGAUUCGAUCUAUGUAUUUACCAGUCCAGACAGUUCCAGUGAUGAACCCGGAUCAACCAUUCCCGAUUCAAUCAGCAUUAUAUCUUAUUUUUUGAACCAGGUACGUACUCUUUACGGAUUAUUCUCCCAUUUCAGUCUUCCCGUAACUCCCAUUGAUAUGUGAUCUUUACAACAAAUAGUUUAUCGUAGUUUUUUUUUUGCAUCGUCUAUCUGUUCAACUAAAUUCAAACGGUCAUAUCAAUUCCUAUCAUUCUUUGCCGUGGUAUUUUGGUCUCUGAAAAGGCUCCUAGAAAAUUAGCAAAAACUCACACAAAGAAAAACGAACAUUAUUGCAAACAAAGCUAGGCGAAAAAAAAAUGAACGAUAUUAUCAGUGAGGUUCCCACCAGCUUGUGAGUUCCGUCACGAUCCUGUACAAAUUUUAACGAAAUGUGAAGCUUUUUGGCGAAAGUUUUCACCAUUUGUAGGGUAUUAUUCGUCGCGCGGCGGCGAUGAAAUCUAAACAAAGUAAAAGUGCAGAUAAGAGUACAUCAAUGUCUAUUACUGUAACGUCUAUUUAGGUUAUCGAAAACUACACUGAAGAAAUGGAAGGAAAAAGCUAUUAUUACAAUUUGCAAAUAUAUACAACAUGGUAUAACAAAGUGAA